UCCUGGUUGUGUUUCUAUUUGUUCUGCUCUGAUGGGUGAUGCCACUGAUCUGCGGUAUACAAGAAGGGACCCAUGCUUGGCUGGUGGGCGAGAGGGAUGUGCUUCGAGAAUCCUGGACCCGACAACAUUGAUUUGGUUUUGUUGCAGGAGAAGCCAGAAGAUGGCUGUCUACUCACUCACUGGGAGAGAAAGUGAUAUGUAAGCCGUCGACUGGACUGCACGGCUGGCUGUCAUGUGGAUCGACCAAAAGCUUGCGGCUUUCGUGGCCCUGAAAGUAUCCCCAUCAUCGUACUUCGAUGGAAGAAUACAAUACGAUGCAGAGACGAUCCGAGGAAGAGAAGGCUGGGGCUGGGAUAAGCGUCGCCGCUUGAGGUCGAUACGAUGCAGAGACGAUCCGAGGAAGGUGAGGGCGUCGAAUGACCCUUUGGUGAAGAAUAUCGGUGGCCAGAUUGACGGAAUGUGGUGCUGAUGGGGGGUACAGAGAAGGCUGGGGCUGGGAUAAGCGUCGCUGCUUGAGGUCGAUCGGGAUAUGGAUGAAGAGCUGUAGGUGGUGCUUCUUAAAGGUGAAAUUUGUCGAAAAUGAAAUGGGUGGCUUGGGAUGGGGGGAAACCCCAGUUAUUGACACGUAAUGUGUGGCAUCUGUUGGAGUAGUUAAGUCAACGGGAGUGCUCUUCUUCUGAACAGUGAGACAAGGCAAAGGUUUGGCAGGUGUAUCAUAAGGUUUUGUAUGCGUUUGGACUUGACGUCCAAGCAUACAAGUGUUCCAUCUCUUUGGCCGUAUUUUCUUAUUUGCUGUUUCGGGAAAUGGGUGAUGACACAAUGGCCCCGCGGGACUUUUCUCUGCAGCCAAUCAUGGUAGAGUUCAUGCUGCCACUGCAAACCUCUGUGAACUGUUGAAUGAAUGAUUGCUUCUAUAGCGACACUUUGUCUUUGCUGCUUUAAUUAUCCUAUCUGACUGAGCGUUAGGAGUCGAAGGAAAGUGGAGCAAAUAGGGCGGGAUGGGUGUCAUGCCUAAGGGUGCACGAAAGUCCGAGGGAGGAGUGGGCAGAUUCUUUGGUCUGUUCUUUAUUGAAAGUCCGGGGACCAUCGUUCGUAUGGUUCAUGUCGGGAGCUUGUUGCUACAUCGAGGAGAUGUUUCAUCUCAUAGUUGGUUACCCUCAACGGCUUUUUUUUUUGCUCCUGCCUUCUACACUGAAACUGCCUUUGCUUGUCUGCCAUCUCUGUCUUCUCAGAUGUUCCAGCCAUCGUCUUCUCAGAUGUUCCAGCCAUCGCCAUGUGACCCUGCGUGGGGUUGGCUCAAUGCGAAGCCUGGCUGGUCUGAACUCGUCUUCUGAGGCAGAAUGACGCUGCAGUUGCUGCUUAUCAAACGAAGUCGGGAAAACCAGUCGCUAACUGGUUUGGUUUGCCAUUUUUUCUAAGUGGCUGGCAGCAUGCAUGCCCUGACCAGAGUCCGGGGUGCUCUCCUUUGUCCACUUCCCAGACACCCACGUUUGUGUUUUUUUCAAGUUGGAGCGGAUCACAGUGCGUCAUCACACCGACGGUUGAAUUAAAUUGCAGUCUUACCCAGCCUUCUGUCGACCAUGCGGCUUCUUUAUGUCCUCAGGUUUUCUUUCUUACAAGGUGGUAGAGCGGAUAUCAGUGAACUUGGGUUAUCUAGGGAUUGACCGUGAAGACUAGGUCGUUGCAGUCGUGCUCUGCUAGGCGUUGAAGCUGUGCGUCGAAAGUAGGCACAGCGUAGCAGAGAUAGUUAAAGGUCUUGUAUUGAGAUCAUGUGUUGAGUUUCAGUAACCAUAACGCCCAGAGGUCCAUACUUAUGUGGGGCAUGUAGGGCAGGCUUGACAAAUUGAUUGCCUGUGAGAGGGCCUCGUCGUGGCCAUGGUGGGUAGACUGCAAAGAGUGGAAGGUAUCCAGAGCUAUGGUCCUAUCAGGGGAAAGGUACUGGAAGGAUCCCCAAAAUACAGGGACAAACUGCAUUAACAUUGUACAGGGACAAAUUCACUGCUUUUGUUACUCUCAACAAAUUAGAUGUUGUAAU